CGCCGUCGUUUGCGUUACGCUUCCGAGUUGGCCGCAACGUUAUAUGAAACCGUUUUCGGUUGCGGUGUCUGAACAUGUGUGGCCCUAGCGAUCCCGGUUAAGCUCGGACACACACGCCGACGUGCGCCCACCCAACCAUCGUUGUCAGACCAACAGCCGACUAUCUGACGUCCACGCGUACAAAGGGCGACCGUAGACGUGAUGCCUGCGGUCCGCGAGUCGUACCGUGCAAAUUGAAACCCGGUGAAUGGGACUAUGGGAAUUUGUCUGGACACAGACAAAAUUCCCGAUGAUGAGCAUUUUAAAAACGGUUCCAAAGAUAGAGACAAUUGGGAAGCAGAUGAUAUCGAAAAUGCAAACAAAAAUGACGCUGGGAUGUUUGCGUACACAAACGGCCAUGUGAAAUUUGACACACCGAAAGUUCCAGUUAUUUUCGUACUCGGUGGACCUGGAAGUGGCAAGGUCACGCACUGUGACAACUUGAUGAUAGAAAAGCGCGGUAUUGUCCACAUUAACAUGACCGACUUACUACAACAGUACACUGUUGGAAACGAUAUGGAAGACUUCAGCAAACUGUCCAGUAAAACAGUCACUGAAGUAUUAAUGUUGGAGUUGAAAAUGUCUCCAGCGGCCAAAACGUUUUUGGUAUCAGGAUUCCCGAGAAGUAUGCGCGAUGUGGUUGAAUACACAAAUAAGAUAAAAGUUGUAAACGGAGUUAUUUUAAUAUCGUGGAAUCAAAACGUGCUUGAACGCCAAAUCGAUUACGGCGCAAAGUUAGGACAUGUCGUUUUGAGUCUGGCCAGGAUGGAGCUGAACAACUUCUAUAAAAACGUUACUCCGGUGUCGGACUUUUACGACCAGAGGGGAAUGCUCAUUUCGGUGAACGGCGAGCGGAGUCCGACUGAAGUUUAUAACGACUUCCGGUCCUCGGUACUUCAAAUAUUGAGCGCUCACAAAAGUCCGACGACGGUAGCAGUGACCAACGGUACCGUGCCAGUGGACAGAUCGGGUACCGGACAACCGGAAGUCGUCGCCGAGCGCCCGACCAGCAACCACACCGUUGAUAUCGUGCCAGAACCACGGGCCACAGACCUUGUUUUGAAACCAGAAACGUUUCCGCGAACCAUUUGUGUUGUGGGUGGCCCUGGCAGCAACAAGAGUUCAUUGUGCCAAAAAGUACUCCGGGCCAACGCUGGUUGGGGGCAUGUUAGCGUAGGACCUUUAAUGAGAUCACUGGCRUCGUCCUUAGAUUCGCUUCAAGAGACGAUCAGUUGUGGUCACAUCGUUGAAGAGUCGAUAGUUCACGAAAUAUUAGAUAAGGAGUUACUCAAGUAUAAAAAUGCAGAUGGUAUUGUAAUCGAUGGUUACCCAAGAAAUAUUGGACAGCUCAACUAUUUUGAAAAAAAGUAUGCUCAACGGCCRAAGUUGAUAUUAUUGGAUUGCUCAAAGUUGCAGUUAGGUCGCGGAAGGUUAGACGACAGCGUGUCGGCGUUUCGCCGGCGUCUGCAGAGUUUCCGCGAGCAAACUCUACCAAUGCUCAAGGCACUGGACAAAGAUAACCGUUUAGCCGUUGUGGACGGUAACACCGACGAUAAGCGAGUUCAAGAGACGUUCAUCAGCACGCUUGUGGAGACAAUGAAGGGCGAGAACUUUCCAGUUUUCCACAGGGAUGACGACGACCACGGUGACGACGUCAACACUGACAUCGACCCAGAAAAACAAACCACGCCAGCCGUGGUGGUAGGACACGUGGUUUCAGGGCCAGCAGUGCCACGUCAAAACGGACAUUUACCGAACAAAACCAACGAAGACAACAACAAUCGGGAACAGCAUUUGCGUUACGAUGUGCGGAACAUGUACGCUCAAAUAGGAUCAUAUGCAAACGAACCCACACUGUAAAACGUUUAAACCAGUGGUGUGGUGAAGAGGUAAUCGAAAGGUGACCGUCUCCGAGUUUCUUAAGGGGUGGUGGACCGGAAAUAACCUGCUAUACAUGGUUGUUUAUGAUAUUAACUAUAGUACUUAUUUUAGUAUCAAUUAGAAGAGGAAGUUACAAAUAUGACGACAGUUAACUCGCCUUCCUCGGGUUAUCAGCGCUGUAGGGUGGAAGUGAAGCAUUAGAAACUAACCUCAGAAAAAAUGUCAAGAUCACCUUGCCACUGGUUMAAACUGUUUUUUAAAUGGACAUUUAUUAUUUUAUAAUCAUUUGUAUAGAUAUGCCCAACCAUCGUAGGUAUUAUCAUAAUGCAGAGGUGUUUAUUGUUGAAGUCAGCGGUCCACACUACGUGGCAUUUAAAAAAAUCUAUGUGGUCUAAAAACGCACUAAAACUGAAUUUUACAUUUUAAAAUUCAAAAUUCUACACUUAAGGAAA